AUGACUGAAGAACUAGCUGACAAGCUUAAUCAAGUUGAAAUAUACUCCGAUUCGGAUUCGGAUUCAGAUUUAGAACCAGAAGUUUCUACUCCUUCUACCGGAGGGACAACGCACAAAGAAGACAUCGUCACUAAAUAUGCCCACAAGAUUAAUACCGAUCCGGUAAAGAGUGGCAAAACUCACAAAGAUCGUGCCAAUAGAGCAACUGUUGAACAAGUAUUAGAUCCAAGAACCAUGCGAUUCUUAGCCAAGAUCAUCAACAAGGGAAUCCUCUCCCGAAUCAACGGGUGUAUUUCCACUGGUAAAGAGGCCAACGUCUACCAUGGUGAUUCUGACAAUGAUACCAGAGAAUAUGCAGUCAAGAUCUAUAAAACUUCUAUUCUUGUGUUUAAAGACAGAGAAAGAUACGUUGAUGGAGAAUACCGAUUCCGUAACACCAAGAACCAAAGUAACCCUCGUAAGAUGGUGAAAGUGUGGGCUGAAAAGGAGUUUAGAAACUUGAAGAGAUUGUAUCUUAAUGGCAUACCGUGUCCUGAACCAGUUGAAUUACGUUCCCACGUUCUUGUAAUGGAGUAUUUAACUAAGGGCCAAGGACAACCUUCUCCUAAAUUGAGAGAUCACCCUUUUAAAGACAUUGAUGAAAUUGUUCAUUAUUAUCAUCAGAUGUUGUAUUAUAUGAGACGGAUGUAUCAAGAAUGUAGAUUGGUUCAUGCUGAUCUCAGUGAAUAUAACUCCAUUGUCCAUCAAGACAAGUUGUACAUUAUUGACGUUUCCCAAUCGGUUGAACCAGAACAUCCCAUGGCACUUGACUUUUUGAGAAUGGAUAUAAAGAAUGUCAAUGACUUCUUUUCAAGAAAGAAGAUAAAUGUAUACCCAGAACGAUUAUUGUUUAAAUAUAUCACUGAGGACAAUCAUAGUUUGGGAAUAACUGAUAAUGGAGAUGAAGAAUUGCAAAAGUUUUUAGAUACCUUGCCAUUGAAAACUGAAGAUGACAAUGAUGAAGAAGUUCAAGAUGAGAUUUUUAGAUCAUUGCAUUUGGUUAGAUCCUUGAAUAAUUUAGAAGAAAGAGAUUUCGAAAAGUUUUCUGAAGGGAAAGUUGAUAUUAUGAAGGAAUUGGUGGCAAAUAAGAAAGAAGAAAGUGAUGAGGAAGAGACUGACGACAGCGAAGAUGAUUCAGAAGAUGAUGAUGAUGAUGAUGACGACGAUGAUUAUGAUGAUAACUCUGAUGAGAGUGACGGCGAAUACGCUUCUGAUGAUGAAGGUAAACCCAAAAAGAAGUGGGUUGAACGUGAAGCAGAAGCUCCAAAAGGUAAGAAAUAUGAAGAUAAGGAUGAUAAGAAGGCAAGAAAAGAGGCAGCUAAGUUAGCCAAACAAGAAAAGAGAAAGACCAAGAUGAAGAAACACAUCAAAAAGAAGAUCAUCAACAAGAGAAAGACCACGAAGUAA